AUGACAGUUGUGACUACUGUAUCCUAUCGGUUCAACGUGAAGAUGAUGAUGAGAGCUUUCAACAAGUUUUCCAAGGCAACUGGCCUAGUGGUUAACCCGCUGAAAUGUAGAUUAUACUGCGCUGGCGUUGAAAAAGAAAUGAAACAAGAUAUUCUCAGAGCGACUGGGUUCCCGGAGGGUCAACUGCCGUUCAAGUACCUAGGUGUGCCUGUGACUGGAAAGAAACUAGAUACACAUCAUUACAUGUUGCUGAUUGACCGUAUUGUGGGGAAAAUCAAGCACUGGACAGCUCGAAUGUUGUUGUACGCAGGCAGAUUACAACUUAUCAAAAGUGUAACAUUUGCGCUAACUAAUUACUGGCUGCAAUGUUUUCCUUUCCCCAAAAGUGUGCUUCACAAGAUUGAAUCUAUCUGCCGUAUUUUAUUAUGGAAAGGUGGGUUUGAAGGUAGUCGGAAGUUUCCUGUUGCGUGGAAGAAGAUAUGUAAACAAAAGAGUCAUGGUGGUCUCGACGUUAUCGACAUAGUGGUUUGGAAUGAAACCAACCUGAUUAGACUGCUGUGGAAUUUAAGCGGUAAGGCAGAUUCUCUUUGGGUACGUUGGAUACAAGCAUACUAUAUGAAAACCAAAAAUCUGAUGGAGCUUGACGUUAAAAAUAACCAUACUUGGAUUAUGAAGGCUAUACUUAUGCAACGUCAAUAUGGGUAA